AGCCCGAGGCGAACAUGACGAUCACCGAUUCCUCGCCCAACAAUCUAGGCGACCCGACCUUCACGCCCAUCAUCGCCCUCUCACGUUUCCCGUACAAAUACGUCAAAGAGGAAGGCCUGUCCCAGCAGAUUGCCAGCCGUUUCUUUGACAAGAACCAAUUCUGGGCCCGGUCCUGGGACAUUUACUACCACUACACGCCAGCCAGCCUAGGCUGUCGAUGCAUCCUGCUCACUCCAACCAAAGACGCCCGCCGCUUCCUAGGCGAAAUCAACCGUGCUCUCAAAUGCACCCUUCAGCUCCCAGCCGAGCCAGACAUGGGCCUCAUCUUGUCCUUCGAGAAUGAGGCAUAUCCGCAACCUGGAUACCUGGGGAAGAGCACCAACCGCGAGGCCAAGGACCGUCUUCAAACCCGCGUGCCACCGCCCUCCGAGCGCUACCUCGACCCCUGGAAAAACAUGAGCGACGAGCACAAGGAGAUCGCGGCUGCGUACGAGACCAUGCUGGAAGCGGCCUGCGACGCGGCGAAGAACAAGCGGAAGGGCAAUGCCGCGCAGAAACAGCAGCAGCGCAUGGAGCUCGAACAACGGCGCAAGGAGUCGCUGCUCCGGGCGCAACAGUACCUCGGCAUGCGGCCCGCGGGACCGAUUGACGCGUCGCUCAAAUACGCACCCUUCAACCCGGACGCGGUGGCCCCGUUCGCAUUUUGGAAAGACCCCAUGUUCAUCAGCGUGGACGUUGAAUGGAACGAGCGCUGCCAGUCCCAGAUCACGGAGGUGGGCAUCUCGACGCUGGACAUGCGGAAGCUGCACGGCGUGCGGCCCUCGUCGAUGAACGGGCUCAUCUGGCGCAAUGCGAUCCGGUCGCGUCACUGGCGCGUGCGCGAGUACAGCCACAUCGUCAAUUCCGAGUUCGUGAGGGGCUGUCCCGGGGACUUUCAGUUCGGGAGCAGUGAGUUCGUGGACCUGGCGCAGUUGAAGGCGGUCGUGCAGGGGAUGUUCCAGCAGGUGGCUAUCGCCGAGAAAAAGAAGGAUGAAUCAGAGGACCGGCAUGUGGUGCUGGUUGGCCACAGUCUCGCCGCCGACCUGGAGCACCUGCGCAAACUCGGGGUGACGCUGGAGAUGGUGCGCGAUCGCCUGGACACAGCUGUGCUGGACUGCGUGAUGCAUGCCGAUCCGCAGCAGCAGCAGCCGCCGAUGCAGCCCCGGUCCCUGGGGGCGGUCAUGACCGAGAUGAACCUGGAGCCGUGGCAUCUGCACAACGCGGGUAACGACGCGCGAUAUGCACUGGAAGCGUUGGUGGCUAGUAUUCUGGGGUACAAGGGAGGCAACUAAUGAAUGUGAUUGUGAGGGAGGUGUGAUAGUGAGAAG